ACUGCGACGGAAUUCGGAAGUGCUAUUACGCCGACAAAUAACCCCACAUUGCUUAGAUAAGAUACUUUGGCCUUUACCGACAGCUGGCUGCAGACGGUUAGCAGCUGGCAAGUUAGCUUGUCUCAAGUCUGCCUUGUCAAUCUCCACAGUGGGGAAUCCCGAAGGCUUCCAGCUCCAAAAGGCGCGACCGGAUUCGUCGCAUCAUUGGUCGAUGCGUCAGCUGUGGCUGAUACAUGUACUUCCCAGUUCAGUUGGUUACCUAACCGAAUCCUCCCGUCCUUCACCUGCGCCUGCUUGCGUUGUCUGUACGAUUUGUAGUUGCCUCAGAACCAAUCCGAAUCAACUUGUUAUCUUUUUGUUUCUUUUUUUUGCUAUUCACGAUGCGUUGUCGACAAUUUCUUGUUUAUACCAAUAUUCUUGUUUGAUCUAGUCUCUUCCUACAUUGCACGUGAGAUAUAACGAACUUGCUUUCAAAGACGAUCACUCUUCCCCACUACCUAUCCUAUAACCUACCUAUUAUCGUCCGUUGUUACUUGUAUUGAGUUUCAGCAUGUCUUCCCAGAAGUCGUCUAGGAAAUCCUCUAGACAAUCACAUCGCUCAACCCUAUCCUUAUCGCGAACCGAGAUUGUGAUCAAUGUCUAUGAUCUCUUACCUCCCGGCCGCCUCUCAUCUGUGCUCUGGACCGUCGGUGCUUCACUAUUACACUCGGGUGUUGUUAUAAAUGGAAAAGAAUAUGCUUAUGGCGGACAUGACCAACGUGGUAUGACAGGCGUGUACUGGACGCGACCUAAAACCGAGCCGCCCGGUGGUACCUUUAGAACCGAAAUCUUGCACGGUUUCUCCUUCGCGACACAAGCCGAAAUCGAUGCUAUUAUCCGCCGAGCCUCCGACGAAUUUCAGGGCACCGCUUACAACCUACUUACCAAAAACUGCAACCACUUCACUAGUUACCUCUGUCAGAAGCUCACCGGCCGGCCAGGACCUGGCUGGCUGAAUCGUGCUGCAAGCAUUGGAGUUGCUAUGCCAUGUGUCGUUCCCCGAGACUGGAUCGAACCGCCCGAUUUCGAAACGGCGGAAGGCGAACUUCUAGACGAUGAGGGAUUAGACGAUCACGAAGGUACAAGGAUGUUAAGGCAAGAUAGUGCUAGGAGACUUGCCACGUCAGAUAGUGACGAUGAGGGUGAAGAUUCAGGCUGGAAUGGCGAGGAAUCACCCCGACCCAGCAGAAGUGGCAAAGGAAAGGUCAGAGACUCGAGUGGGCGAGCCUUACCACCUUCAGAGAGAGCUCCUUCGGCAGGUAGACCAAGUAUGUCUUGAUUCGGAGGGGAUUCUUGGGUUCGGCAGUGUGCAUUGUAUGGCGUUGGCUCUGAUUUUUUCGAUGGCAACGCGGCUGGCUGGCGUUUACAUGGAUUUGCUUGAUUGAUACCAAACGGCUACUCCGGCACUCUAGGGGGCA